AUGGACUAUUCGAAUUUUACGAAUAACAAUACUCAGAACUUUGUAAUCACCUCCGAAAUACCCGAUGUUACCAAAGAAAAAGCUUGUUGGCUCGGAAUUGACGAAGCCGGCAGAGGUCCUGUACUUGGCCCAAUGGUCUAUGGGACAUUUUUUAGUCCAUUAGAGGAAAAAGAUUAUCUCACGGAACUUGGUUUAGCAGACUCAAAGACUCUAACAGAAGAAAAACGUGAAAACAUCUUUGACAAAAUGUGCACAGAAUCUAAAGAAAAACUUGGCUGGAUGGUGGAGAUCUUGUCCCCAACAUUCAUCUCAAACAGCAUGCUAAAACGAUCAAAAUACAAUUUGAAUUCUCUUUCUCAUGACAGUGCCAUUGGUUUAAUAGAAAAAGUGCUUUCAAAUGGAGUUAAUGUCACUGAGAUUUAUGUCGACACCGUUGGAGAUGCAGGUAAAUAUCAAGCAAAACUCCAAGACAAAUUCCCAGGAAUUGACAUUACAGUUGCCAAGAAAGCUGAUGCCACUUAUUCCAUUGUAAGUGGGGCCAGUAUUUGUGCUAAGGUGACUCGUGACCGUGUCUUGAAAGAUUGGAAAUUCCCAGAAAACAUUACAGCUUCAACAGAUGAUUAUGGUUCUGGUUAUCCAAAUGAUCCUGUCACAAAACAGUUUCUCAAGGAGCACAUGGAUAAUGUAUUUGGUUUUCCCCAAAUAGUGCGAUUUAGUUGGUCUACAGCUUCAAGUAUUUUAGAAAAGGCUGUGCCAAUAGAAUGGGAAGAUGACAAUGUGGAAAAUGACAAACCAGGUGCUGGCUGUGCAUCUUUGCUCACUUUUUUCACUUCCAAGAAUUCUAAGCCAAAACACAAACCACACAGAUUCUUUACUGACAGGAAUUUGUGUCAAGUGACAGAACUGUGA